AUGGCAACGACUGUCUUCGCUCUCAUUAUCAUCAAUAAGGCAGGUGGCCUGAUCUACAACCGGUCCUUUCACGAAGGUGGCCUGAAUACGCUCAGCACCAACGACUACCUGGUUUUAGCAGGCACCUUUCACGGCGUCCACGCCAUCACAGCACGCCUCAACCCGCUCAAAGCGGUUAACAACCGCACCUCCACCUCAUCCGGCGGCGGCGCCCCCUUCACGCGGCCGGACCCGCCGUCGGGCUUGGAAGUGCUGGAGACGGAGAACUUCCGGAUGCAGUGCUUCACGACGAUGACGGGGAUCAAGUUCCUGCUCUUCACAGACACGACGCAAGUCAACGUCGAUAGGACGAUCCAGCGGGUGUAUGAGAUGUACACCGACUACGUCCUGAAGAACCCCUUCUAUCAGCUCGAGAUGCCCGUGCGUUGCGACAUGUUCGACCGCAAGCUGGGGUCGCAUAUCCGGGAGAUCAAUAAUAGGUAG